CAAACUGAAUUUAUUUGAGCCAAGCUCAAAUAAAGCAGAUAUCAUCAUACCUGAACUGAACCCUCAGUCCAGCUCUGGCUCAGCCCCACAGCGGCUCUCUCCCCCAGCAGUGCCCGCCCGUCGUGUAAUGGGACACUGCUAAACGAUGCUAAGAGCACUCUAGUGCAGUCAUGGCCUGUUGCACAUGACUCGCUCCUCGCUGCCGUCCAUGUUCUCACCUGUUUUGUAGCUUCUACGGGCUAGUUUAUGACACUGUUAGCAUCGGCUGCUACUGGACCUCCUCAUGCUAAAACUAAUUACAUUAUUCCUUGAGCCUAACUUUGGCAUUCUCUGCAAUAUUGUGUUCCUUAUUCUUGAUGUAUAAUAUAUUAUAGCAGAGGAGGUUGGGGCACACAGGAACUACACCCUGCUCCUGCUUGCUAACGCUAUCAUCCACAACUGAUACUCAAGCAUGUAAAAUGCACAGUGAGAUCUCUCCUAAAGAUGUUUCCACAACCAGGGAAAUCGAUUGUCUUCGACAACUUUCCAGAUCCCACUGACGUCUGGGACAUCGUUGAGACAAUUGGGAAAGGGACCUAUGGAAAAGUCUACAAGGUGCUCAACAAACUUGAUGGAAGUAAAGCGGCUGUAAAGAUCCUUGAUCCAAUCCAUGAUAUUGAUGAGGAGAUCGAAGCAGAGUACAACAUCCUCAAAGCUCUUUCUGACCACACCAAUGUUGUCAAAUUCUACGGGAUGUACUACAAGAAGGAUGUGAAAUGCGGUGACCAGUUGUGGCUCGUACUGGAGCUCUGUAAUGGCGGCUCUGUGACAGAUCUGGCUAAAGGCAUGCUGAAGAGAGGAGACCGAAUGGAUGAAGCCAUUAUUGCCUACAUCUUGCACGAGGCCCUCAUGGGCCUCCAGCACCUGCACGUCAACAAAACCAUCCACCGCGACGUCAAAGGCAAUAACAUCCUGCUGACGACACAUGCAGGGGUCAAACUCGUGGAUUUUGGUGUUUCAGCCCAGCUGACGAAUACCCGUCUGAGGAGGAACACCUCUGUGGGAACUCCCUUCUGGAUGGCUCCGGAGGUAAUAGCAUGUGAGCAGCAGCUGGACUCAACCUACGAUGCUCGUUGUGAUGUCUGGUCACUCGGCAUCACCGCCAUAGAGCUGGGAGAUGGAGACCCACCCCUCUCCGAACUCCACCCAAUGAGAGCCCUUUUCAAAAUACCCAGAAAUCCUCCACCUACUCUCCACCAGCCGGAGCUCUGGUCAGACGAAUUUAAUAACUUCAUCUGCAAAUGUCUGAUUAAGGACUUUGAGCUGAGACCAAAUGUGCUAGACCUGCUCCAGCAUGUGUUCAUCAAACAGAUUGUUGACAGAGAGAAAAUACUGCAGAAACAGUUAAUUGAACUCAUUGAUCUCAACCAACAAAUCGGAGUCGUUGAUAAAACAAGUUCUAGGCAUGAACGCAUCCACACUAAAAGAGGAGGCCACAUGAAGACACAGACUGACCCCGAUGAGGUGGAGGACCUCGCCACCCUAGAAGUUCUGGAUGAGAACACGGUCACAGAGCAGCUCCAGACUCGCUAUGGACGAGAUCAAAUCUACACGUAUGUUGGAGACAUCCUCAUCGCAGUCAAUCCUUUCCAUAAGAUGGAGAUUUACACAUCCCAGUACACCAAGAUGUACAUAGGGGCUAAGCGUACAGUUAACCCACCGCACAUCUUCGCUGUGGCCGAUAUCGCCUACCAGUCCAUGGUGUCGUACAAUGCAGACCAGUGUGUUGUGAUCAGUGGGGAAAGUGGAGCUGGGAAAACAGAGAGUGCUCAUCUGUUGGUACAGCAGCUGACAGUACUUGGCAAGGCCAAUAAUCAGACGCUCCAGGAGAAGAUCCUUCUCGUUAACAGCCUGGUGGAAGCAUUUGGAAACGCCUGCACCGUCAUCAAUGACAACUCCAGCCGCUUUGGCAAGUACCUGGAGAUGAAGUUCACCUGCGGAGGAACAGUGGUCGGAGCGCAGAUAUCCGAGUACCUGCUGGAGAAAUCCAGGGUCAUCCACCAGGCAGUAGGGGAGAGGAACUUCCACAUCUUCUACUACAUUUAUGCUGGCCUGGCUGACAGGAAGAAACUAGCCCACUACAAGCUCUCUGACAGCAAAACACCUAAGUAUCUGUGUAAUGAGCACAUUAAAUUAGGGCCUGACAUAGUGAGCAACACCUUCUACAAGGAGCAGUUUGAUGCAGUCGAGCAGUGUUUCAAAGUCAUUGGAUUCACCCUGGAGGAGCUGGGCAGUGUUUACAGCACUCUGGCUGCCAUCCUCAACUCCGGAGAUAUUGAGUUUUCUCCGGUUGCCUCUGAACACCAAACAGACAAGAGCGACAUCUCCAACAUUUCUGUCCUGGAGAAUGUGGCAUCACUGCUGUGUAUCCGCUCAGACGAGCUCCAGGAAGCCCUGACCUCCCACUGUGUUGUGGCCCGGGGAGAGACCAUCGUCAGGCCCAACACGGUGGAAAAGGCGGCGGAGGUGAGAGACGCCAUGGGCAAGGCUCUCUACGGCCGCCUCUUCAGCUGGAUUGUCAACAGAAUCAACGCACUGCUGCGUCCUGACAGCCACCCAGGAGAGGACGACAAGGGCUUUAACAUCGGCAUCCUGGACAUCUUUGGUUUCGAGAACUUCAAGAAGAACUCUUUCGAGCAGCUCUGCAUCAACAUCGCCAACGAGCAGAUCCAGUUUUACUUCAACCAGCACAUAUUCGCUUGGGAACAGGAUGAGUACCUGAAUGAGGAGGUGGAUGCUCGGAUGAUUGAGUACGAGGACAACCGGCCCCUCCUGGACCUGUUCUUGCAGAAGCCCAUGGGGAUGCUCUCGCUCCUGGAUGAGGAGAGUCGCUUCCCCCAGGCCACCGACCAGACCCUCGUAGAGAAAUUUGAAAAUAACCUGAAGACCAAAAUCUUCUGGAGACCAAAGAGAGUUGACCUUGGCUUUGGUAUUCACCACUACGCUGGAAAGGUAAUUUACAACGCUGCCGGCUUCUUGGCCAAGAACAGGGACCUGCUACCGGCCGACAUCGUCCUGCUGCUGAGGUCGUCAGAAAACGAGCUUGUUCGCAAGCUUGUCACCCAUCCCUUAACCAAAACAGGCAACCUUGCCCACACCAAGGGUAAAGGCAAACACACAAUGCGCAGCCCGCGGACGCCGACACGCACCAUCACCUUCGCCAAGCCAGGUGAACCUGCAGACACGCCUUACCACCCGAGAGAAACCACCAACAUGAGAACACAGACAGUGGCCUCUUACUUCAGAUACUCUCUGAUGGACCUUCUGUCCAAGAUGGUGGCAGGGCAGCCUCACUUUGUUCGCUGUAUCAAACCAAACAACGAUCGCCAGGCCAGUAAGUUUGACCGGGAGAAGGUCCUGGUUCAGCUGCGAUACACUGGAGUUCUGGAGACCGCCAAGAUCAGACGGCAGGGCUACUCUCACCGCAUCCUGUUUGCUAACUUCAUGAAGAGGUAUUACAUCUUGGCUUUCCAUGCUCAUGAGGAGCCGGCUGUGACUCAAGAAACAUGUGGUGCAGUACUGGAGAAGGCCAAGCUGGAGAACUGGGCAAUGGGGAAGACUAAGGUGUUCCUCAAGUACUACCACGUUGAACAUCUGAACCUGAUGGUGCAGCAGGCCACACAGCGGAUCAUUCUGCUCCAGGCUUACGUGCGAGGCUGGCUGGGAGCCAAACGAUACCGGCUGGUGUUAAAAGAGAGAGAACAGAGUGCUCUGGUGCUGCAGUCAGCUUACAGAGGUCAUAAAGUUCGGAAGAGAGUGGCCGAUGACAAAAGCAAAGCAAAGUUUGAGGCCUUGAUCGGCCAGUUUCAGGCUGUUUGCAAGGGCCAUCUGGCAAGAAAGAAAUACAAGGAGUUGGUAGAGGAGAAGAACAAAGCUGCAACCAAGAUUCAGGCUCGCUACAGAGGGCACAAGGAAAGGAAAAGCUUCAAAAGAAAACGGGAAGCCAAAGAAAAAGAGCAAGCACAGAAGGCCCUUAAAGAAAAAGAGGAAGAGACUCCUGAACCAGAGGAGAUCACCAAUGAAGAAAGUUCCUCCGCUCCCGCAGUCGAAGGGAAUAACGAGGAAGAUGAAACUAAGGCUGCCAUUGUUCUCCAGAGCAACUUCAGGGGCUACAAAGAGAGAAAAAAGUUUAAGGAGAGAAAAAAAACAAUGUCCGGAGCCGAAUUAGAGUUACCACCGAAUGCAGUGGUGGAACAAGAAGGUGGACAAGAGCCGACCGGCAAAGAAGAGGAAGAGGUAAAGACGGCUGAUAAAACGGAGAAUGACGACGACGAAGAAAGCACGUAUGAAGCAGAGGAGAAUGAUGACAGUGAUCACACGCAGGUGCCAGAAGAUGAGGAACACACAGAAGUGGCAGAUGAAGCCGUGAUUGAGGAUGCACUGGCAGCAGAGGCUGGAAAAGAAGGGCAGGAGGAGGACAAGAAGGAGGAGAACGCUCAAGAGAAGGCUGCAGGGGAAGAGGCUGUUAACAUAGAAGAAGAAACCAAGGCUGCCACUGUCAUCCAGAGUAAUUUCAGAGGUCACAAAGAGAGGAAGAGGUUGCAGGACGAAGGCAAGAUCCCAGCUAAGAAAGAGAAAGCGAAAGGUCCUUCUGGUGAAAAGGCAGUGCCCACAGUAAGCAGUCCUGCGGGUGAGGAAGAGGUGCCCGCAGGUCAAACGCCAGCAGAAGAAGUCGGCAACGUGGCGACAGAAAAAGAAGAAGAAUCGCCGAAAGCUCAAGAUGCAGCAGAUGCUUCUUCAAGUGACGUCCAGUCAGAGGGCCAAGAACAGGCCAAAGCAGCUGUGGUGCUUCAGAGCAACUUUCGUGGCCACAAGGAGCGCAAACGACUCGAAGAGGAAGGAAAGAUCCCGAAGAAGAAAAAGAAGGAAAAAGAAAUUACACCCAAACCUCCAAAAGAAGAAGAAGAAGAACAGGUAACGCAGACAGAAGAAUCAGGGCCAGAAUCCCAGCCGGAUGCUUCUGCGGAGGGACUGGACGAGGAAAGAGCUGCUACUGUCCUUCAGAGUAACUUCAGAGGCCACCGGGACCGGAAGAAACUGAAAGCAGAGAGGGAAACACAAAAGAAAACAGAGGAAGAAGUUGCCAAUGAUGCAGAAGAGGAAACUAAAGAUGUGGACGAGGCCCUGGAUGUUACCGACGUGAUGAUAGAACGUAAAGAGGAGACAGAUGCUGAAAAAGAGAGACUGGAGGAGGAGCAGGCUGCAGUGAAGAUCCAGAGCAACUUCAGAGGGUACAAGGACAGGAAGAACCUGAAGGCCAACAAGCAAACAGCGCAGACAGAAGCUGCGCAACUAGAGAGCUUCUCCAAAGAGAUCACAAACACUUCUCAGGACUUCUUGGCCCUGCAGCACAAGUUGAAUGAGAUCAUCCAGGCCCAUCAAUCAAAUCCUGAGGACAAUGGCAUGUUUGUGAAAGGAAAAGCAAUCAAUGGCUUUGCUCCUCAGAAUCACCAAUCAACUGACAAGAGGCAGCCGAGGACCCCCCGCAGGACCCAGCAGCCAAAGACCCUCAACACACUAGAGGACUCCACCUAUUACAACUUGAUUCAUCGGUCUGUCCAGGAUGAUAAACGCAAGCCCAGGAAAGAGGAUCCAGGGAAGCUGCUGGAUGUGGAUGACCACUACUAUCGGGAACUGGCCACCAGCAGGUCUGAACCCUGCAUCUCCACAGAGGACACAUCACCCAGCAGUAUACCUGAGAGAAGACAGUCUACCGAGAGGAGAGGGUCCAUGGACAGGAAGCAGUCUACAGAGAGGAGAGGGUCCAUGGACAGGAAGCAGUCUACAGAGAGGAGAGGGUCCAUGGACAGGAAGCAGUCUACAGAGCUGACACCAGCAGCUGCCAGUAGACCGCCCAGAGAGAGGGCCGUCACUGAACCAGAGCCUCCCAAACCUGUGAGGGACAACAGGCACUCAGUUCCCAGAAUGCCCUCCACAGAGAGUCGGACUGAGGACAAUCCGUAUGACUUCAGACAUAUUCUGAGGAAGACCUCCCAGAGACGAAGGCUCAUCAAACACUACAAAUGACUGAACCGUUUUAGCCAUUUGGCAAAUAAUCUGUGUCAAUGUAUUAUCAUAUAUUAUGCUAUGUGAUAUACGAGUAUUUUAAUUCAUUACAGCUUCUUGAAAAACCUUGAGGCAAAUGAAAAGCACUGACUGCAUUGAUUAUAAUUAUUAUCACCAUCAGUCUAAUGAAUCUAAAUGCAGCAUAGACAGUAUAAGGGCAAAUGUAAAUAAUAAAAUGCUAUACCUUUAAAACUGUAAAUGAAGGUUUUAUUUAUGUAAUUUGUAAAUUAGACAUUGCUACAUUUGCUCAUGUUGCUGUAUCAGUUUCCCUUCUGGUUGGUCAAAUAUUGUGUUUGAGGUUGUCUAUAUCCAUUUAAACAUCAAAUAGAAUUGUAUAAAAUCACGUAAAUACAAAAGCCAUCAUUACUGUGCAUUUUAAUCCAUUUUGAAAGAUGUAUCUUUCGGGGGGGGAGCUGCUUCGGUGUUGUCAUGUUGUAAGAAAUGUACAAUUGUCCUGUUAUCUCUGUUUUGUUCAUUUAAAUGUAAAAUAUAUCAAAUUCCUUGUGAUGUUCAA